AACCAUCACCAAAAUGUUAGCAAGAAAUCGUACACAGAUUACAGAAUUCCUCCUCCUGGGUUUGUCAGAGGACCCUGAGCUGCAGCCCCUUCUCUACGGGCUCUUCCUCGCCAUGUACCUGCUCACUUUGUGGGGAAACCUGCUCCUCAUCCUGGCCGUCAGCUCAGACUCCCACCUCCACACCCCCAUGUACUUCUUCCUCUCCAACCUGUCCUUGGUGGACAUCUGUUUCACCUCCACCACCGUCCCCAAGAUGCUGUACAACAUCUGGACCCAGAACAAAACCAUCAGCUAUGCGGGCUGCAUCACCCAGAUGUGGUCUUCCAUAUUAUUUGGUGGGUUAGAUGAUUUUCUCCUGGCUGUGAUGGCCUAUGACCGCUAUGUGGCCAUCUGUCACCCCCUGCACUACAUGGUCAUCAUGAACCCCCAGGUCUGUGGACUGAUGGUUCUGGGGUGCUGGGUCAUAAGUGUCCUCAACUCCUUGUUGGAAAGCCUACUGGUUUUGCGUCUCUCCUUCUGUACAGAUGUGGAAGUCCCUCACUUUUUCUGUGAAUUUACUCAGGUGAUCCACCUUGCCUGCUCUGACACUUUUGUGAAUGACGCAGUGAUGAAUUAUGCUACUGGAGUACUGGCUGGCAUUCCUCUCUUUGGGAUCCUCUACUCUUACUCUAAGAUUGUUUCCUCUAUCUGUAGAAUCUCCUCCACUCAGGGAAAGUACAAAGCCUUCUCCACCUGUGCUUCUCAUCUCUCCGUGGUCUCCUUAUUUUAUUGCACAGUCCUAGGAGUCUACCUGAGCACAGCUACUAGCCACAGUUCACACUCUACUGGAAUAGUUUCUGUGCUGUACACCGUGGUCACCCCUAUGCUGAACCCCUUCAUCUACAGCCUCAGGAACAAAGACAUCAAGGGGGCUCUCAAAAGAUUCUUUGGACUCACAAGUCUAAAAGUGCCGAUCGCCCAGGGGAUGAACAGCUGCUCAUGA